AGCCAAUUGUAGCCGGCCUUGCUACAGAGUGCCGUCAGCCUCGCGGCCUGCUGGAAUCCGAGCGAGGUGGUGACCAGAGCCAGGUGCGGCAUGGGCUUCCUGACCGCGGCGACUCGAGUCCUGGUCCGGGGAGCAGACCGGAUGAGCAAGUGGACGAGCAAGCGAGGGCCGCGCACCUUUUCCAAGGGCCGCGGCGCCAAGGGCACCGGGGUGCGGGCCUCAGGUUGGAAGUUUGUACAGAUAAAGGAAAUGGUCCCCGAGUUCGUCGUCCCCGACUUGACAGGCUUUAAACUCAAGCCCUACGUAAACUACCGUGCUCCAGCGGGCGCGGAGACGCCCCUGACUGCCAAAGAGCUCUUUCUGAAAGCGGUCGCACCUGCUAUUGAAAAGGACUUCAGAGAUGGAACUUUCGACCCUAACAAUCUAGAAAAGUACGGCUUUGAGCCCACUCAGGAGGGCAAGCUCUUCCAGCUGUACCCCAAGAACUUCCCUCGAUAGGAGGCAGAGCCGUGAGCGGGAGCGUCGGGACUGGGAGGUGCAGCUUUCUAUUAAAGGCCUGUCUUCUGUGUCAGGUGUCACAGGUGAUGUGACAGGCUAAGCUUGA